GGUGAUGAAAAGCGAAUGCUGUUAGUUGAUCGCGAGUUUUAGACAAUUUUAAAGCAUUAAAGACUGUUUUAUCGUGAAACAUCAGUAAGAAAAAGUCGUAAAUAUGAGCGAGCACGAUAUUUCCAAGAUGAAGGUGGCGGAUCUAAAAAAAGAGCUAAAAAAUCGCGGUCUUAGUACUUUGGGAAACAAAAAUGAGCUAAUCGAUAGAUUGCAGACUGCUCUUAUUGAAGGUGGCGAUCCGUUAGAAGAUACCGCAAAUUCCGAAGAUUUAUUAGAAGACGAUGAGCUGAACGACGAUAUUUUGGAGGAUGAGGAAGAGAAACUUCAGGAUGGUAUUACCGAAGAGGAGCAUAUACUUAAGUCGCCUACACCCAGCGAAGCUUCGAAGUCGGAGUCCCCGGAGCAACAGAGACCACAAGAGUCUUCGGAAAAGAAGCCAGAGUCCCAGAAGGACACGAAAGCAGAUCAUUUGAUUCCACAGAAAAAGGUGGCUCUUAAACGGAACAUAUCUAUUUCCGUUGCCACGCCGGUUACGUCUUCCGCUGAUGUGGAAGGGAGUAAAGAUGAUACUGCAGAUAAAAAGGAAGUUGACAACAAACCCGAUCAAGUUGCUACGGGAGAACCGGAGAAAAAAAUUAUAAAGCUAAACCAAAUGACUGCUCAGGAAAGACUCGAAAUGCGUGCGAAAAAAUUUGGUCCCCAAGCGGUGACUACCGAUGUAUCUUCAAACUCUAAACUUCAAGCUCGUGCGGCCCGUUUCGGAAUUGGGGGCACCAGCAGCACUGCAUCGACUAGUAAUGGCAGCAAUAGUAAUUUAGUGUCACUAGAUGCCCUAAAGAAACGAGCGGAAAGGUUUGGUGCGAAUGUUUCCGAUAAAUUGACCAAGCUAGAGCAAGAGGAGAAACUUCAGAAACGUCAAGAGAGGUUUGGCCAGGCCGCCGAGACUAAACUUACUGCAACUGGCAAAGUGGCCAUCACUGCUAGCAGCAGCACGAGCACAGACUACAGUGAAAGGGCUCGUCUUCGGCUGCAACGGUUCAAAAAUACCGUUUAAAGUAUCCUCCAUACCCAGGUUCAUCCAGACGUUUCCAAUCAUGUAUUGAUUUUACCAUUUCUAGCGUUACUCAUACAUGUUUUUCAGUUAUUCAUCCAGUUUGCGUUAUAUAACAGCAAGUUUUGAUUCAUAUUUUUCUGAGAACUUCAGUUGCGUUUUCAACAGUAGAAAAUACUUACAUUCAAAUGUAUUGUUUAGAAUCCAGACAAAUCGAU